AUAUAUAUAUAUAUAUAUAUAUUAAGGUGGAUUAUGCGAGCUUCUACAAACUGAGUUGCAAGAUUUUCAAUUUAUUUGUUCAGUUAUAGAUUGCUAAUUAACCUCUACUCUUGAGCAAUGUUGUUUUUGUGUCUUCUAAUUGUUUUCUAUUAUUGUUUGUGCUUUUAGUAUUCAUCAUGAUGGCUUCUGUUUUUAGUGGAAAUGUAUUUCUUCUGUGAAACCUGUAGCCGAUGAUUAAAUGAAUGUCAUCAUGUAAGCAAGAUUUCAAUAGAAGUUGAAGGCAUGAGAGCUCAUUUGAGCUAAAACAAAAGAUGGAAGGGUUUCUUUUAAAGAAGAAAAAAUAUAUAAGAACUUAUUCGGUCCUUUAAGCCAACUAGUAAGGUGGGGAAUGACCCCAAACUCAGGUGGUCAAGUCCCAUAAUUCAACCCCAAACUCAGGUGGUCAAGUCACAUGAUUCAAAUCCACUCUCAAGUCUUUAACUAUAAGCGUUUGUAGAUUUGAACAGGUCUUCUGCAAAGAGAUGAAACCAGCCUGACCAACAUAUUUGCAAAGAAAUUAAACUACAGAUAAAUCAUAUUCUUAUCAAGUGAUUUCACUUGUAAAGGUGCAAGAGACUAAGAAAUUAUUCUUAUGUGUAUUUAUCUUAAAUCACUGGAUUUCUCAUGAGAAGCACUUGAUGUUGCUGUAACGUGGAUCUCCAGAAUAUAUUCCUCAUCUUGAAUAUAAUAAUACAUGUAAACAAAAAAAUAAAUACUGAGAUCUUCCACAAUUUUCUUUGAAGGAAUAAUGACCUUUAGUAGAUAUAAUAAUUAUAUAGAACCAGAGGAAUUAUACUGAGAACAUAUUCAUAUAAAUGUACAACAACUGGUGAUAAUGGAAAAUCAUGCACUUCGAUUCUUCACCUGGACUCUGUCGACUGUUGGGUCGAUCAUUAAUGUAAAUGCAGAAUACCGUAUCCGGUUCGCCAUAUAAAUCUUAGGCACAAAUUCAUCUCCAAAGAAGUUAUUUACUGGAAAACACAAGCAACAUUGAAGAUAUCUAGAUACUUAGUGACAUGAGGAGAACAAAUAAGAUUAGAAUAGACAACUAAACAGACAAUAUAUUCCCUCAUGAAGGAAGCAAGAAAACAUGAUAAGUCUCAUGAGCUUCUUAUUCUAAAUAUUCUUUUCCUCACCCAUUUUUCUCUCUCUUCGAUUAAUUUAUGCUGAACAUAAGCAAAUGAAUAUGAUUACCAAGAGUGCAUGCAUAUUGUCUUCUUUAUCGAAUAUAUAUAUUUAAAGCUUCUUGGACUAAAAACACAUAUACAAUAAUGCAUGGAUUACUACAAAACAUUCGAUCUCAAUAGACGAGGGAUCAUUACCCAUCAGAACACACAUAAUAUAUGUAUAUAAAAAUCUUUUUGAAUGCCAUACAUACUCCUCUGUGUUCUAGCAUCAUAUUUUUCUUCACUGAUCAUUAUCAGAUGUUCAGAUGUUUGUUAUAAUGAUUUUGACAGUGCCGUUGCUAGUUACUACAACUAGCUAAUAACAUCCUCAAUUCCUCAGCAUGGUUAAAAUAUUUUGACACGUAAAACGUGGCAGACUGAAAAUUGCUGCACCAUGCAAUUGUUUAGAUUCUAAUUCCCCAUCCAGGUAGAAUUAUUGAGGUUAAGCAUCUUUAUCCUGAGAUUUUAGUUCCACCUCUCUCUAUUAUUGUCGUAUUAUUCCUUCUCUAUAAAUCAUAUCCGGACUAGGCAGACAUUCUUCCCCUACUUGCACCUGUGACAUAGCGUUGUACCGUUGUAUUUAAAUUUGUGUCCUUCCUUACAUUUCAUCUCCAAAACGGACACGCUUCCUAGAAUUUCAGGUGCUAAACUGAUAAGCAGUCUUUGUUCCUCUGGCUUCAGCUGUUCUUCCUAAUUGAAGCCUCAUUUCGCUCCGAAAAACUUUGUUUUUUUAGCAUAAAAGCACUUCAAGUACUGGUUUUACAGGCGAAUUUACUUGAGGGACUCAAGCUAAUAUCAUUCAACAAUACGGGAGACUUGAAGCAAGAGGGGUGACAGAUUUCAAAGUUUUUCUAUACUUCAUUGGAGAAUGCAUGGAAAAAAGGGUAGUAUAGAGAUAAACAUUCUGCCGGCUACCAAAACCAAACAGCCUGAAUUUGGCAAGAAAUUCGACAAUAAAGCCUUGUCCUGCAAGGCGUGGAUAUGGAGUGUGUGGGAAUUUUGCAAAGAAGACACCAACAGAGUAAAAUUUGCAUUCAAAGUGGGCAUAGCUGUUCUUCUCGUGUCUCUGCUUAUCCUAGUCCAAGCACCUUAUGAAAUAUUUGGCACAAAUAUUAUCUGGUCCAUCCUCACUGUUGCCAUCAUGUUCGAAUAUACAGUUGGUGCAACAUUCAAUCGAGGAUUCAACCGAGCACUUGGAAGCCUGCUCGCAGGAAUCUUGGCUAUUGCAGUGGCUCAAUUAGCACUUCGCAGUGGUCGGAUUGCAGAGCCUAUUAUAAUAGGCAUCAGCAUCUUUUUCAUUGGGACCAUCACAUCAUUUAUGAAAUUAUGGCCAUCACUUGUGCCGUACGAGUAUGGAUUCAGGGUGAUACUCUUCACCUUCUGCUUGAUCAUAGUUUCAGGAUACCGGAUGGGAAACCCAAUUAGAACUGCCAUGGAUCGGCUCUACUCAAUCGCCAUUGGAGGUUUUGUCGCAGUACUAGUGAAUGUGCUGGUAUUUCCAAUAUGGGCUGGGGAGCAAUUACACAAAGAGCUAGUCAAAUGCUUCGACUCUGUAGCUGACUCACUUGAAGAAUGUGUGAAGAAAUAUUUAGAAGAUGAUGGGUUAGAUCAUCCCGAGUUCUCCAAGACAAUUAUGGAUGAGUUCCCAGAUGAGCCUGCGUAUCAGAGAUGCAAAACUACACUAAACUCAUCAGCGAAACUUGAGACUUUGGCUAACUCAGCAAAAUGGGAGCCUCCACAUGGCAGGUUCCGACACUUCUUCUAUCCUUGGUCGGAGUAUGUUAAAGUAGUAGUAGUUCUACGGUAUUGUGCUUACGAGGUUAUGGCACUUCACGGUGUUCUCCACUCUGAGAUUCAGGCACCUUUCAACCUUCGAAUCACAUUCCAAUCAGAGAUUCAAGAUGCAACAAAACAGGCGGCAGAGAUAAUGAGGAGAUUAGGCAAAGACAUUGGUGACAUGAAGCGAAGCCUCAAAACCAGCAUACUGAAGAAGGUCCAUAGCUCCACCGAGCGACUCCAACGUGCCAUAGACAUGCAUUCCUAUCUUCUCACCUCAAACUAUGAUCCUCAUGAUAACAUUAGCAAGCCACUUCCAAGCCUGUCUCACACCCUUUCAUCAAACCUCUAUGACCUUUCAAACCAAUCGCCUGAUUUUGACAGUAAUAGUGUUGAAAAGAAUUUGAACCCUAUCGCCCAAAACAUGCCUUCUGGGACUCUCCCACCUGCACAGGCAGAGUCUUACCAUGAGAUGAUGAGGAAGCAAUCAAGAAGGUUACAUUCAUGGCCGUCAAGGGAGGUGGAUGCAUUUGAAGAAGAUGGAAACCUUGGAACAGAUUUUCUACCAAGGAUGAGGGCACUGGAAAGCACUGCAGCUCUUUCACUUGCAACCUUCACUUCCUUGCUCAUUGAGUUCGUGGCUCGGCUUGAUCAUUUGGUUGAAGCAGUUGAUGAGCUCUCAAAGAAGGCUAAAUUCAAGCAUGAGAAUGCAUAGCUGAUUAAAUUUGUAUGGCAGUAAUGUAGAAUUUCCUGGGUGUGGCUCUAAGGAUGUUUACAUCACAGAAAAAUAAAAUUUACAUUUACCUACCGUUGUCUGAUAGGUAUUUGAACCUAUUUCCUUUUCCCUUGUUUUUUUGCUGGAUCAAAAGAUCAAAACUCAAAACAAAAGAGUUGAAAAUUUAAGGCAUCAAAUAGGCUUCGUCCUUUAAAAAAUAAAAACCAUUACAAUGGGAAUGAUAACGACCUCCCCAUACUAGUGUUUCAUAAAAACCAUUACAAUGGAGAUAAUAAGGAUCCCUCCAUACCAGUGUUUUAUGGGCUCUAAAGAGUUCAGGCCCAAACUCCACCCUAACAGUUCAACGGGCCUAACCCGAAUCCAUUGACGCAUGCACCCAUGGACCCUAACAGUUCAACAGGCCCAACCCGAAUCCAUUGGCGCAUGCACCCAUGGACCGACUGUAAUCCAACAGGCCUCCAUAAUACCAAAAACUUAUUGGACAUGUUAAAGAGUGGCAUUGCCCUCCUUAUAAACAACACUUAACUCCUCUAUCUUUCCAAUGUGGGAGUUUCUAUCAGGGGAUGAAGUUC